AAAUUUUAUUUGAUUUUGAAUACAAUACAUCGAUGAACAUCUUGCCUCAUAGAUAUUGAGUUGACCUUUGUUAAGUAUAUUUGAACCUCUAGCCGUGAAACACUGCAUCCUGUGGUCCCAAUGACUGCAUGCUACACGACGUCAGACUGUUUUUAACCAACUUGGUAUGAUAAACUACAACUCCCAGAACCCCCUGCGCCGUGGCUCCGGCCUGGUUUCUGAGAGUAGCGACACGUCACCUCACGUCAUUACCGCACCUGCGCAGCCAUCUUGAGCCGCUCGCGACCAACGGACACGGAGAGGGAGAAGAACGAGGAGUAAGAACAGCCCGAGGAGCAGGGACAUGUCCGCCGGAACCAAGGACGUAUGAAACGGGAGAGGUCGAGCACGGAGCCGCGAUAACGGGACCGGAACGGAGACGGUAACACAGCCACCCAAGUGCAUCGGACACCCGGACCGACCAGUCAUCUUUUUUCCGCCGGAGUAGGAAGACGAGUCGAGAGAACCAUCCAGACUGAAGCCAUGAAUCCCGAAUAUGACUACCUGUUCAAGCUGCUGCUCAUCGGAGACUCUGGAGUGGGGAAGUCCUGCCUCCUGCUCCGCUUUGCCGACGACACCUACACAGAGAGCUACAUCAGCACCAUCGGAGUGGACUUCAAGAUCCGCACCAUCGAGCUGGACGGCAAGACCAUCAAGCUGCAGAUUUGGGACACUGCCGGUCAGGAGAGGUUUCGCACCAUCACCUCCAGCUACUACCGCGGAGCCCAUGGCAUCAUCGUGGUGUACGACGUGACGGACCAGGAGUCCUACAACAACGUGAAGCAGUGGCUCCAGGAAAUCAACCGCUACGCCAGUGAGAACGUCAACAAGCUGCUGGUGGGCAACAAGUGUGACCUCACCACCAAGAAGGUGGUGGACUACACCACGGCCAAGGAGUUCGCCGACUCCCUGGCGAUCCCCUUCCUGGAGACGAGCGCCAAGAACGCCACCAACGUGGAGCAGGCCUUCAUGACCAUGGCCGCGGAGAUCAAGAAGCGCAUGGGCCCGGGGGCCACGGCCGGCGGGGACAAGCCCAACCUGAAGAUCGAGAGCACCCCGGUCCGGCAGUCCGGGGGGGGGUGCUGUUAAGAGACCCCCCCCCCCACACACACACACACCACCACCCUCCACUGAAUUCUCCCUUUCUGUGUUCCCACCUUUACACCACCCGGUCACCAGACCCCCCCUCACCCCCCCCCCCCCCCCACCAGGAGACCCCGUGGCGGUCAGGUUCAUGUCGGGCAUCAAACAGCCGAGAGGGAACGCCGUGAGGCGGGGACAGAUGCUGAGGCCACGCCCACUGUCUGCCAAGAGGACAGGAAGAAAUGACGGGGGGGGGGGGGGGGAUUCAGAUUGGAAUGGAGCCGGUGGAAGAUUAGAUUUCUAUUGAGCUUAUCUCUACACACACACACACACACACACACACACACACUCCCAUACAUAUAUAUAUACACACACAAACACAUUUUGCAGUGUGCUGGAGUCGCACACUGUAGGAAAUGUGUGUCUCUCCCCCCCCCUUUUUUUGUUUGGUUUGGACCUGUGAUGACAUCGCACACAGGAGACAGCCUGUAGGGUGGGGGUGGGGUCAUGAGGUCACCAUGUCGUCUCCAUUUCAUCCACAAAGAAAGCAACCUGAGAAAAUGCUGUAACAUUUAACUCAGACACUUCCUGGACCAACACUAAAGAUUAUAGAUGGCGUGUGUGUGUCUCUCUGUGUGUGUGUGUGUGUGUGUGUCACUCUGUCUAACUUAAGUGAAACUAUUGGUAAAAGUAUGCAUUAAUCUUACAAAUUACUUUUUA